UUUGAGAUCCCAGCCUUGCGAGGAGAGGUUGGAGAGAGACACGGAAAGACAGAGACAGAAAAAGAGAAUUCAGUUGCCUUUGGUUUUCCGAAGCGGGCAGCUUGCGGGUUUGGGGGGUGUGUGUGUGUGUGUGUGUGUGUUUGUGUGUGUCUUGUUUUCUUUCCUCCCCUCUGGCAGGGAGGCCAGGCCUCCACUGGAUCAUAAAAGGACUCAGAGGCAAGGCAGGCAGAGCCAGCCAGUACAGGGAAAUAGCAGCAGUGUGUGGACACGCGUGAGGAGGCAGGAAGAGAAAGGGGGAAGAAUAGAGGUGAGGGGGUGGCCGGGGGCGGGAGCGUGCGGCGGUGGGAGGAAGCGGAGCAGCUGUGGUAUUUGGAGCAAUUAUAAAUAGCCGCCUGGACAGAGCUUGGCCAAACAGGGCUUUGCAGCUGCGGCGGCUGUGCAGGCAAGCCUGGCCACUGUUGGCCAACGGCGGGUGCAAACAGCGCGCAGAGAUAGGUGGCGGACAGGCCCAGCCCCGGGGCUCUGACUCGACACCCCUCACCAUCGCCACAUCUCUGGAUGCCCUCCCGACCAGCCAUGCUGCUGGGUGGCCUCCUCCUCAUUAUGGCCUCUACAACUAUGGCCUCUACAACUGUGGCCCAGCGGAAGGGGCAGGAAGCCGCCUGGCGCCACCGGGCCCACCGAGUCCAGCAGGGCCAAUGCAGCUACACCUUCGUGCUGCCAGAGCCUGAGCCCUGCCCACCCAUGCCUAAGGUCUUCGGGAGCUCUAACAGUCUCCAGAGGGACUCCCCGGCGGCUACACUGAACUUAGGAGACUGGUCAAGACAGCGGAUGCAACAGCUGGAAAAAAUGCUGGAGAACAACACGCAGUGGCUGCAGAAGCUGGAAGGGUACAUCCAGAAGAACCUGAGGUUGGAGCUGGCACAGGUUCAGCAGCACUUGGUCCAGAACCAGACAGCCACCAUGCUGGAGCUGGGCACCAGUCUCCUGACCCACACCACCGCCCAGACCCGCAAGCUGACCAGUGUGGAGGCUCAGUUCCUGAACCAGACAUCACGAAUGGAGAUCCAGCUGCUGGAGACCUCACUGUCCACCAACAAGCUGGAGAAGCAGCUGCUGCUGCAGGACCAUGAGCUCCACCGGCUGCAGGGCCACAACAGCGCGCUGGAGACGCGGGUGCAAGCCCUGGAGACGCAGCAGCAGGCGGAGCUGGACAGCCUCCGCGACGAGAAGGAGCAGCUGCGGCGCCUGCUGGGCCGCCAGAGCGGCGCCCUCGCCGGCCUCCAGAGCACCCUGCGCGCCGCCAGCAUUAACUCCAGCCUCCUGCAGCGCCAGCAGCACCAGCUGCUCCAGUCGGUGCAGCGCCUGAUGCGCGUCAUAGCCCAGGGCCCGGGGCCUCAGCUCCAAGAUCCAGGAUUGAGGUUCACGUAUGAAGCCAAAAACACCUCCAUGAAGGCAGUUGAACAGGUGUUCCAGGACUGUGCAGAGAUCCAGCGCUUUGGGGCCAAAGCCAGUGGCAUCUACACCAUCCAUGUGGCCAGUGUGGCAGAGCCCAGAAAGGUGUUCUGUGACAUGGAGACCAGCGGAGGUGGGUGGACCCUCAUUCAACGUCGUGAGAAUGGCAACGUGAGUUUCCAACGGAACUGGACAGAUUACAAACAGGGCUUUGGCAACCCAGCUGGAGAGCACUGGUUAGGCAAUGAAGUGGUGUACCAGCUCACCAGCAGGGGAAACUACUCUCUGCGAGUGGACCUGCAAGAUUGGGAAGGCAACGAGGCCUAUGCCCAGUAUGCGCACUUCCAGCUGGGCAGCGAGGGGCAGCUCUACAGGCUUUCUCUGAGGGGGUACACUGGCUCAGCAGGGCACCAGAGCAGCCUGAUCCUCCGGAGCACCAACUUCAGCACACUCGACGCGGACAACGACAACUGCCUCUGCAAGUGUGCCCAGUUGCUGUCUGGAGGGUGGUGGUUUGACUCCUGUGGCCUCUCAAACCUCAACGGCAUCUACUACCCGGUCAGCCACCACCUGCGCAAGAUCAACGGCAUCCGCUGGCAGUACUUCAAGGGUCCCAGCUACUCGCUGCGCGCCACUCGCAUGAUGGUGCGUCCGUCGGGCCUCUAAGGGACAGCCACGCCUGGAGGCUGGUCCCACGGGAGGACCUGGCCAUGGUAUCCCCUGGACAAGCUGGACUCAAACACAGGACACAAUGCCAGGACCUUGUCCCGGACAGCCUGGGGGUCCCCUGAGCCAGCCCUCCUUGCCCCAGGAGUCCAGAAGAGUCACCUCCUGCCCUUUUCCCCUCGAGUUGUGAAAUGGUGGACAUUUGGGGGUUCCUGCCUCUUCAGUGUCCCUUUUUCCUCUUCCCACCUGCUUCCUGCAGGGCCCUUCUGCCUGCCUGAGGGUGUGCAGUAUUCUGAAUGAGAUACUGCAUAGCGGAGAACAGAUUUAACUGGGCUCUGCAAAGGAAUACGCAGCUAGUGGUGGAAUCUCAGGCAGGUGGGAAGGUAUUUACAGGAGGAAACCGCCCAGGUGGAGGCCCAGAUUCUGUCCCCGGGUUGUUGGGUAGGCCAUCUCUUGUUCUAAGCUUUCUCACGUCCUUGAACAUCCUUAAACUUUCUGAGACAGAAGGAGCUAUGUCCCCCUAUAACGGGAAUCUCCAUUUGCACCCACACUGUCCAUCACUCCUAGGCCCCAGCAUCUAAAGCUCAGACAUGGUUUCUCAGGAGCUCUAGGAGAUCUAAGAGGUACUCCUUUACCCCUAGAAUGUUCUAGAAUAUGUUCCAGUGAGAAUAAAGGUACCUGUGGUCUAACGAGGGAGGGAAACACCAGGUUAAAUCACUGUAGACAGGCAUUUUUAGCUGCAGGCCUUGUCAGAGCCAUCAAUGUGGUCAUGUGCUUUGUGACCGCCCGUGAAAGGGCUUGAGUGGGCCGCUUUCCCCAAAUUUACUAAUUUGAAAAUGGGACCUGAUUAUCCCAGAGCAUCUCCUGGGGCUGUGGAUGCCCUCAGAGAAAAUUGGUUCUCCCAAGUCAUGAGUUAAACCCCAGGCCCCAUCCCCACCCCCAGCUGUUCUCACCAUUUUCAGCGAUGAGGGCCACCAUGACAUUUUCAGACAGCCUCUAAAAACAACUGGAAGGAGGCUUUGGGUUAAAACAGACAUGCUGUCACGGAAAAAGAGUCUAGAACUAAGUCUUUGGUCUUAGAACUAAGUGUGCCAAGGCUUCUCUGGCCCUAGGAAGCCAGUUUUCUGGCUGGGGCUGCCCUCCACCCUUCUUGUGUCCCCAGCUCAUGCCAGCUCUCAAGUUUAGGGACUCUUGGGGACUGCCCACUCUGCCUUGAGCAGGACACCAAUCGCUGGGUCCAGAUCCUUCCUGCCUCCAAGCCAGAACUCCUAGUCUCCUCCUCUCUCAUCCAGAGCGACACUGCAGUUAUCCAUGGAGACUGGGCUUUGCUGAGUCUGGGCAACCAGGGGCCCUUCAUGAGCUUCUUUCAGAGGACAGGAGCAGAAAGGGGCCACGGCCACUCUGCCACCCACUCCCAUUACUGUGUCACCCACCUCAAUCCUGAUGUGGCCACUGAAGACCUGUCGUCCUCAGCCAACACCUGGGCCCAGCCAGGACCAACCUGCCCUCCCGCCCAGACACCCCUCUAUCUUCAGAAGGAUUUUCUCCUGCAUGAUGCUGUGCGGUGGAAAUAGGGCACCUUUGUCCCCCCUGGCUCUGCCCCAGCUCCCACCUCCACCAAUCCCCUGAGUCAAUCCAGCACAGAUUAGUGCUGCUCUCCUUCAGGGAAACCAAAGGGUGUGGUUGCUAAUGGUGACAUUUCAGGCAGGACGGAAAAGUACCUAGGGGCAGGUUGCAGCCCAGAAGGCUGACACCACCUUAUCCAGCAUUUGCUAGGCGAGCCUUUAUUUAGCAUUUACUGUUUGCAGCGUGGUGCUCUGGGCAGGACUUUGGAGUCAGACAGACCUGCUCCGGCUCUUGAACUUGAAACCGGUGGUCCGGCCUCUCAAGGUCUCGAUCAUCUGGUCUGUGAGAUGGAGAUGGUGAUUCUCCCUCCUCACUGUGCCAGGGCAGGAGGAAAUGAGACCGUGUCUUUCAGCCUCUUAGCAGAGCCCAACAGAAAGCAGGUGCCUAAUAAAUGUUAGUUCCCAAAGAAGUGAAUGGGGUGGAGAAAUCAGCCCUAGUAGUACAUGCCACCCCUUCUCCUGGACCUAGGGAUGGUACCUGAUUUAUUUUUGUAGCUACAGCAAUUUUUUUUUUUUUUUUACUGCAAGUGUAUAGGCACUGCUGGGAGCCCCAGGAACAGAGCUCCUCUGGGUGGGGUGAAGGCUCCAAUCCCUACCUGCACUCCAGUUGUCUAAAAAUGCCAAGAAGCCAAUUGGGGUAACCCUCACAUAUCUGUUCUUUAAAAUGUUCAUCCUUCCUUUUUAACUUUCCUUCCUUCUCUGUGCCAGGAUUCUCAAGUGCAAGGGACAGAAAACUUAUCCCGAGGAGUGGAUUGACUCACAUACAGGAAGCCUAGUGAUAGAUUCAGGUGUGGUUAGAUCCAGGUGCUCAAAUGAUGUCGCUCCUCACCUCUCAGGCCUGUCAUCCUUCCUGCUGACCUCAUUCUCCAUCAGGUUCUCUUCUGACAGAUGGCUCCAGCAACCGUAGGCUCGUGUUCUGCCUGCUUAACAUCCCUCAGCCAGAAAGCUCUCCUGUCCCAGUGAUUCCAACAAGGGCAGGAUUCUUUCCAGCCAGGAUUCAUCCUGUGACCAUCCUUGCACUUACCACUGUGAUUCUGGUUGACCGGACCUGGGUCAUACGAUCAUGCCUGGAAUCAGGGACUGAGGUCAGUCCCCUCCAAGGCAUUGGAUUGGCCUUGGAGAAAAUGAGGAGCUGCUUCAGGAAGCAGAGAUGCUGGGUAGUCAAGAACAGGGGUUCACUUUUUCUCCUUCCCUCUUGCAGAUUCCCAUAGCUCAUCUCUAUCCCUGCCCCUUCUCCUAGCCUCCGUGCCCCCAAGGCCUGUCCCUCGGGCUCCAGGUAAUCCCCGGUUUGUCACAGACUAUCAAGGACACUGCUGUGUCCUGCCCAGAGGUGUCAGACCCUAGUUCACAGUCCCAGCUCUGCCCCUGGAGCAGUGCCCCUGGCCCUCUGAGCCUUUACUGUUCCCAUCUGUGCUAUAAGGACAGAGCACCUGUGGAUGCCUAAAAGACAGCAACACUGACUCAGCACAGCUGCAGACAUAAACAGCUAAAGGACUCUGGGUGCACAGGGUCCUGGGGCCUGGCUGACAUGGCCUUGGCCUUGGCUGGGUCUCCUGAAGCCACUGCUUGCAGAAACUGCAAGGAUACCUACAUCUGCAGGUUCCCACGUAGAAGCCUUGUCACCUCUCUCUGCAUCAGACCAGCAUUCUCCCCAUUGUAGUGGUGAAGAAUUUAGAGCUCAGAGAGGGAAAGAGUUUCAUCCAAGCAGCUCAGCCAAUACCACCUCCAGUGCACUUGCAUCUUUCAGUUGCCUUCCUUGUCCAGAGCUCUCUGGAGGCAUCUUGGCAUCAACCACAAAAAGGCUGGAGUGAUGUCCUCUCCACCUAUAUCAAAGGCUGAACGAACCUUCUGGGAAGUUUUCCAAGACUAUUCUGUCUUUCCCACCGGCGUCUGGUAAAUCCCCGUGGAGCCAGGCAGGGAGAACACAUUGUUCCCGAGAUCUCUGCAUGUUUCCAGCAAAGGCAGUUUCCACACUGGGGAAGAGAGUUCACUGUGCACAGCCUAGAGACAGCAACCAUGGGUGGGGUACGAGGUGGCCCUUUCCUGGGUGCAGUGGAGUGGCCAGCAUCAGCAUGGUUUGUUUCGGUAGAAAGGGAUAUUUGUCCCCUUUCUGCAGACUGUACCCCCCCCCCCCACCACUACCACAGUGUCCGUGUGGGCCUUCACCUCUCUCACGAAAGAUGCUUUGGAAGCUAACAGUGUUGCCUUGGCGACAGCAGCAUCAGCAUCUUUUGAUGGAGCAGCCCUUCAGAGAAAGGAGUCUGAUUCAGGCCACAGCCAGCAUCAAUGUGUUACUUCUUGUAUUAGAUCAAUGUGUAACGUAUCCUAUUGAGCUGCUGUUGGAUGUGUCCAGAGGACAGGGAAGUCCAAUGGCCUUAGCAUCCCACACUUUCCUACCCUUCCCCAUUAGACCUCUCUGACCCUCACUUUCCUCAUCUGUACAAUGGGGAGAUUGUGAUCUAGUCACAGGGAAGUCGUGCAGGUUCAGGGCAGCAGUGAACGUCCAGGCUUGGCACAGUCACUCAGGUAUUUUAUUCGUUCAUGCACAUAUUCACUCAUUCGUAUAGCAAGGAUGUACUGAGGACCUUGUCCGGGCCAAAGCCUGCCUCAGUGAUGGGGGAGCAGCAAGCAAGACAGACAGGCAGCCACAGUCCAGAAAUCAUAGUGCUUAAGAGACUAAAGGGAAAGACUCCCCAAAAUCAAAAUGUUUUAAUUUAAAUUAACUGAUUAGUUAAUAUAUUAUAAGUGAAGAAAAUAAAUAGGAGUUACAGGUAAAAGAUUUCAGAGGGUCCAACUGGGCAGGAUGAUCAGGGAAAGACUCUGAAGAAAGUCACUUAAGUCAAGGACGAAAAGUGAGAAACAGGCUCUCAGGUGAGGAGCUGUGGGAAGAGCUCUCCCACUAGAGGGAACAGCAUGUGCCAAGGCCCUGGGGUGGUCGCAAGGAACUGUAAAGAAGUUAGUGCGGAGGAGUGAUGCCACUGAGCCAGUGCUGCCACUCCCCAGUGAGCUGGGGAGAGGGUGGGAGAGGUGCCCCCAGCACCUUUAUCAGAGAUCUACUCCUUGCCCAGUGCCCACCAAGAACUGGAUUUGGCAUCACUCUGAAUGGACCUGUGCAGCUGAGGCAAACGCCUGCCUCUCUCUGGACCUCAGUUUCCCGAUCUGUAAAAUGCAGGCUAGGGAUCACUUCUUUCUGAAAGUCUUUCAGAUCCUGGGUCAAGGGCCCUGGAGGGCCCUGUGUCCACUGCCCUGAGCCCUGAGCCACCAAGGGAGUCAGAAGGAGGAAGAGAAAAUAAAAGGCUUGCCCUUGGGCUAAAUGAGAGUUAGGGGGUUAUGGGGGGUGGGCAGGGCUUGUGCAGAGAUAAGGGGCUUUAACCACAUGCCUCCUCUGUUUUAGUUCUACACACAUCAUCUCUGAAUCCUAGCAGGUUCUACUGUUGCCCCCAAUUUACAAAAGUGGAAAUUGAGGCUCAGAGAAGUAAAGUGCCUUGCCUGCGGUCA